CCGGAUUUCAAAUCCACCCUUCCCAUUGUCAUUUAUCAAAUCGCGAUCCGACUAUUCUUCCUCUCUCUCUCUCUCUCGUUUCAAGCCCCGUUUCUCUCAGCUCGCUCUCUCUCUCGUUUCAAGUCCCGUUUCAGGGUUUGAUGAUUUUGAUGGAAUCUUAGCUAAUUCGAAUAGGGAGAGCUUUUCUCAUCUCAGAGUAUUUGCAGAAUUCAGUUCCAGUCUGGUCAGCUGUGAAAUUGUCUGCCGUACUAAUGGAUGAUAAGGGAAUGAAAAAUUCACCUAUCUUGUUUGCAUAUUUGGCAUUUUAACAGAUGCAAUCAUCCAGGUUCCUGGUUUUUGCAUUGGGAAUUUCUUUUAGCAAAGGCAAGACUCAGUGAAAAAAUGUGAUACAGAAGCAAUCAAGCAACUUGUUUCUGCUAAAAAAAUGUUUGUGAUAUUUCAUUCACAGAAUGGUAGAGGUUAAUUAUUUCCCAAGCAGGCUAUUGUUAUAGCUCUGCCUCAGUUGCCCUGGAAAGAAAUGCGACUUUCUGCCUCUCUGCAAGAUUUCUCAAGAUCUGCUAAAUCAGAGCUACGGGAAGAUGGUUUUGACCUUGAGUUCAAUAAGGGCCUUCAUAACAAAGCUUUUCAUGUUUUACAAAGAGAUGGUGGUGCAUCAAGCUUUUCCAAGGAGAAAUCCUUAUCAACUCCACCCUCAUGGAAGAAAUGGAUACGAUCAGGCUUGAUAGGUCUUAUCGCCUUUCUCCUAUUAUUUAUUUUGAUUUAUGUAUCCUCAAGGUAUUACAAUGAUUCUUUGUCACAUAGAGCGUCAGAGUAUUUUGUGAUUCUUGACUGUGGAAGUACUGGCACUAGAGUUUAUGUUUAUGAGUGGUCAAUUGUUCAGAGUGUAGACUAUAGGAGUUUACCCUUUGUUUUAAGAUCUUUACCUGAAGGUCCUGAGAAGAAGUCUACUGGACACAAGGGCCGUGCCUAUCAACGGAUGGAAACAGAGCCUGGUUUUAGCAAACUAGUACAUAAUGAAUCUGGCUUGAAGGCUGCUGUAAAGCCACUUCUGCAGUGGGCAGAAAAGCAAAUACCAAAGCAUGCUCACAAGCAUACGUCUCUCUUUCUAUAUGCUACAGCUGGUGUUCGUAGGCUACCAAAUUCUGAUUCGGAGUGGCUUAUGGAGAAGGCAUGGUCUAUUCUAAAGAAGUCAUCCUUUUUGUGUCAGAGAAAUUGGGUUAAGGUUAUUACAGGAAUGGAGGAAGCUUAUUAUGGAUGGAUAGCUCUCAACUAUCAUAUGGGUAUGUUAAGUUCUUCACCAGCUAAAGAAACAUAUGGCGCACUAGAUAUGGGCGGUUCCUCAUUGCAAGUGACAUUCGAGACGGAAAAUCCUAUAAAUGAUGAGACAGGUAUAAAUUUGAGCAUAGGCAUGGUCAACCAUCAUCUGAGUGCAUAUUCUCUUUCAGGAUAUGGCCUAAAUGAUGCAUUUGAUAAAUCAGUGGUUCAUCUUCUUAGACGAGGAACAGGCAGCUCAAGUAAUGGAAAAGUUGAGCUUAAACAUCCAUGUCUGCAGACAGGGUAUAGAGAAGAAUAUAUAUGUUCGCAGUGUGGUACAUCAAACCAAGAUGGAAGUCCUCUAGUUGGAGGCCGAGCUUCAAGCAAUGGAAGACAUGGUAUGCCUAUUGAUUUGAUUGGUACCCCUCAUUGGGAAGAUUGUAGUACACUUGCAAAAGCAACAGUCAAUCUGUCUGAAUGGUCGAACCUCGGUUCUGGAAUUGACUGUGAACUAAAACCUUGUGCCCUUGCUGAGAACUUACCUCUACCACGUGGGCAGUUCUAUGCCAUGUCAGGGUUUUUUGUGGUGUAUCGAUUUUUCAACUUGACUCCUGAUGCUACCCUUGAUGAUGUUCUAAAGGUGGGUCGUGAAUUUUGUGAAAAAUCAUGGCAAGUUGCAGAGCAUAGUGUUGUUCCACAACCCUUCAUAGAACAGUACUGCUUUAGAGCACCAUAUAUCGUAUCACUGUUAAGAGAUGGGUUGCAUAUGACGGAUAGCCAAGUUUUUAUUGGAUCGGGUAGCACCACUUGGACUUUGGGGGUUGCUUUACUUGAGGCUGGACAGGCAUUCUCAAGAAAAAUAGAGUUUCCCGACUAUAGCAUAUUGCAUGCAAGCACAAAUACUGCUGUACUUCUUGUGUUGCUUUUGAUGUCGGUUAUACUUCUCUGUUGUGCAAUAUCAUAUGCUUUCAACUGGACUUCCAAAAUUUACAAAAGAUCAUAUCUUCCUCUCUUUAGGCAUAACAGUGCAAGCCCUUCCAUUUUAAACUUCCAGAGGUGGAGCCCUACAAGGGACGGAAGAGUUAAGACACCACUCAGUCCUACGAUUUCUGACUCUAUUCAGCAUUCGUUUGGCAUGGGAGGCAGCAACAUUCAGCUCACGGAGUCUUCCUUAAACCCCUUAGGUUUUGUGCACAGUUUUUCUUCUGGAAGCUUGGGUCAGAUGCAGUUUGGAAAUGGUCUCCGUGGUCAGACACUUCAGAGCCGUAGAUCCCAAUCUAGAGAAGACCUUAGUUCUUCCUUGGUGGAAGCUCACAUUGGAAAAGUCUAGUAUAUGUACUCAGAUGAAGCCUGGUAUGAAUCAUCAAUUUCUUCUGCAGGUGGGAAAUACUAAUGACCAAGUUCUGCUGGAUGGUGUCAGGCUUCAGAAGAUUUUUGAUCGUCAUGAGAUUUCAAGUUCUUUUGAUGUCAUAUAGUUUUGGUUUCUAACAUGAACUCUUCAAUUGAAUUAAUUCUCUUGUCCUUUGUUUAUUUAAGAGAAAACAGCUUUCUUGAUAAGGUUUGCAUUCAUGUAUAUAUGAAUGCUGUCUGUUGGUAGAUUGCUGCCAUUCUAAAAGCUGAUGUAAUACAGACUGUUUACAGGUGUGACUACUGGCUUGAACAAGACCAGCCUGAGUCAUCAGUUAAUAUUUUGGGUUAAUUUAUCAUUAUCAUUAAAUUCUGUA